UAAGUCAAACCCUUUCUCUUUCCUCUGACGCCUGCAAAUAUGCUUAAAGCUCACACGAGCCUAUAAUUUGGCACGUGCCAACCAUGAAUGAAAUUAUGAAGAAGCCUCCAAAAAUUCAACCAACCAGUUCGUUGAACGUAGAAGCUCAUAAUUCCCACCUGUCUGCUUACAAAAUUCCAUCUCACGAACUUGAAUUCAUUUCCGCACCAAAACCUUCUCAACAAUACCACCCAUCAUCAUCAUCAUCCGAGUUAUCUUCUUCAUCUCUCACAUGGCUAUCUCCAUCUUCCCAAAAUUCCAGAUUCUGGCCAUUUUCUUCCUAUUUUUAUCACUCUGGUUCAUCCCUUCAACUACCCAUCUUCAAUCAGACGAAGAAGGGUUCAUUUCUGUGCUGAUUUCUAGUAAAGGUCUGGAGUUUGCUAAGAACUUUCUCAUAGAAAAAGCACUCUCCUCCAUGAUUCCACUUCAACUCUCUGAUUUUGAGAAGAAGGUGAAAAUCCCAGCUAUUGGCCAAGUCCAGAUUCUUCUUUCUGAUAUUACGCUUUACAGUUUUGAGAUAGCUUCUUCAGAUGUUGAAACUGGGGAAGGAGAUAUUGUUUUCGUGGCUAAGGAUGCUGCUGGGAAUUUAAGUAUGAACUGGGCGUAUUCUUACCGUCCUAGGUUUGUCCCCAUUGCAAUUUCGGAUGAUGGUGAUGCCUUGGUUCAGGUUGAAGGCAUUAAAGUGGAAAUUGCAGUUACUUUGAAGGACAGAGAUGGAACACUUAGGGUUUCUCCCUUGCACUGUCAGUGUCAUGUGAAAGACAUCUCUAUAGAGAUGGAUGGUGGCGCAUCUUGGCUAUAUCAAGGGGUGGUUGAUGCUUUUCAAUGGAAAAUAGUAUCUGCAGUCGAGGAUGCUGUUUGCAAGAAAGUCAGAGAAGGAAUAGACAAGCUUGAUUUGUUGUUGCAAUCAGUUCCAAAACAAAAAAGGAUUGAUAACAUUGCUUCGCUGAAUAUCACUUUCGUGAAUAAUCCUGUUUUGAGUAGUUCUUCUAUAGAACUUGAAAUUGAUGGUCUAUUCACAACAAAUAAACAAAUUAUGUUUUCGGAAUAUUACAAUGAAGGAUCUCGGAGAAGUGGUUUCUGCAAUCAUCUGCCUCGGAUGGUUGAGUUUUCAUUACAGGAAAAUGUUUUCAACUCGGCUGCAUUUGUUUACUUCAAUACAAAACCCAUGCAGUGGAUUAUUGACAACAUAGCUGAUCAAUCAAUUUUGAACACUGCUGCAUGGAGAUACAUUGUUCCUCAGUUGUACAAGCAGUACCCGGAUGAUGACAUGAAUCUUAAUAUAUCUGUAACAUCUCAUCCCAUCAUAAAAGUUUCGGCUACUGGCAUUUAUGUCACCACUCCUUUAGAUGUGACAAUUGAUGUUUUAGAACCGGGAGCAGUUGUACCGGUUGCUUGCAUCUCAUCGGUAAUAACUGCAUCGUGCUCUCCAGAAAUACGUCCGGAUAAUCUAGCUGGUACCAUCAAAUUGAUUGACUUCACCGCAUCUUUGAAGUGGAGCAAAAUUGGAGACCUUCAGAUACAUCUACUUGAGAUGGUGAUGUCAAAAUUGCUCAAAACUAUUUUCUUCCCGUACGUGAACUUACGCCUUAUGAAAGGAUUUCCUUUGUCACUUCCUUACGGCUUCACACUUCAACAUGUUAAAAUCCUCUGCGACAACUCGAGGGUUAUGAUCUGCAGUGAUGUUUCCUUCAAAGAGCAGUACGAUCUCAGUCAGCUAUCUAUGAGUACAAGUCUUAUCUAGGCGAGGAAUAGAUACUACUUUCGUUCAUUUCAAGCGUGUGAAAAUAUUGGUGUCUACAUCCUUUUCAUGUAAAUUUGUAUAUAUAUUUUGAUAUUUCUGUUGUCUGCCUCCUUUAUUGAAUUUAUUGAGCACUCUAAAUGGUGAGAUUGGAUGGAUAUAUAUAGUAGGCUUUGAUCAGAACUUCAAACUUGAUAUGAUCUUUCAAUCAUUGAGAACGGAAACAA